CGCCCCUGCACGAGCGUCGUAGAGCUCGGCUCUUACUCCGGCACACAAGCAUUGCGAACACUGCGAGGGUGGACGCCGCAGGGCCUGCACAACCUGCCAGACGUUUUAAUUAGAGGCAGCGUCGAAGGACCCCGGAAGAUGAACGAUUAUGGAUACAACAGGAGGGGCGGAAGGGAGCACGACAGACGAAGUAGAAGCAGGGGGGACGACGACGAGCCGGAGGAUCGAGAUCGAAGGACCACCCUCCAGAGGCUCGAUAGCAUCCAAGAUCCUGGAAAGCGUUACCUCCUCAGAGACUGCAUAGGUUCUGGCGUCUGCGGGGACGUUUACGAGGCGAUCGAUCAGCAAGCGGGGAACAAGAGAGUCGCGGUGAAGGUGCAGAAACUCACGCCCGAGUCGCAGUCGUUGAUCGUCGAGGAGUACAAGGUUCUUCGGGAUCUGUCGAGCCAUCCGAAUCUACCAGAAUUCUACGGAAUCUAUCGCAGAAGGUCCGGCAAGAAGACCGAGUACGAUCAAAUAUGGUUCGUCAUGGAGCUCUGCGAUGGUGGACCGGUGAUGGACCUCGUUCGCGGCCUCGUCUCCAUGGACAAGAAACUGCGGGAGGAACACAUAGGCUAUAUUCUAAGGGAGGUGAUCAAAGCAGUGAUCCAUCUGCACGAGAACAACGUGAUCCACCGUGAUAUACGCGGUAGCAACAUCCUACUGACCAAAGAGGGGGAAGUGAAGCUGGUGGACUUCGGGCUGUCAAAGAUGAUAAAAGGUGAAAUGGGGAAGAGGUACACCUGCAUAGGAUCGCCGUGUUGGAUGUCGCCGGAAGUCGCCAUGAGCAAAAACGACAACGACAAAGGAUACGGUAGUCGAGCAGACGUGUGGGCAAUCGGUAUCACGGCGAUCGAAUUGGCCGAUGGAAAGCCACCCUUUCAAGAUAUGCACCCCACCAGGGCCCUCUUUCAGAUCGUUCGCAAUCCUCCCCCGAAUCUGUACAGGCCGUCCAACUGGACCCAAAACUUCAACGAUUUCAUUGCCGAGUGUCUGGAGAAGAAUCCUGAGAACAGGCCGUUCAUGGCGGAAAUAGCCGAGCACCCUUUCCUGUCUGAACUACCUGACAACGAAUUUCUGCUGGCUAAAGAGAUCAAGGUGCUGAUGAUGGACGCCUGCCCGAAAGGUAAACUCGACAGGAGAGCGGAAGUAAUAGUUCGAAAAAAUUUCCUAAAGAUUCACCAAACGGAUCCUCUGGAGCCCAUGUUCAUGGAGGACGUCGCGGCGCUCGAGACGCUCACGGAGGACUCGAUUUUGGACGAGCUGCACGAAAGAUUGAGACAGGGUUACUACCACAGCUUCGUCGGGGACAUUCUUCUAAUUCUGAAUCCGAACGAACAGCAGGACAUUUACGGAUCCGAUUACCACACAAAGUACCAAUGCAAAUCGCGGUCGGAUAACGCACCUCACGUAUACUCUGUGGCCGAUAGCGCCUAUCAGGACGUGCUGCACAACGAGGAGCCUCAACACAUCCUGUUGGCGGGCGAAAGUAAUUCGGGGAAGACCACGAACAUGCUGCACCUCGUCCGACAUCUCAUGUAUCUGGGAAAAAGUUUACAGGAUACCGGGGCGAGAUUAUUUCGAGCCAUCAAAGUGAUCCACGCUUUCAGCAACGCUGCCACUCCCCUCAACCCUAACUCGACCAGAUGCAUGCUGGAAAUACAGACCACGUUCGGCUCGUCUGGGAAGGCUUCCGGUGGCAUAUUCUGGUUGUAUCAGCUGGAAAAAUGGCGCGUCUCCACUCGCGACAGAAAUCAAUCGAAUUUUCACGUGUUCUACUACUUCUACGACGGCCUCGACUCGACGAGCAAAUUGAAGAACUACUCCCUGCCGCCGGGCAGAAGGAUGCGGUAUUUGAGAAUAAGCGACAAGGGAACGGAGAGGAAACGAUCGUUCAAAGUCAGGAACGAUCCGCGGGGAAACGUGGUGAAGUUCGAGGAGCUGGUGGAAAAUCUGCGAGUGUUGGAAAUGGAGGAGUAUUGCGAGACAAUCUGGAAGGUGCUGGCGGCGAUCUUGACCCUAGGUGAAAUUCGAUUCGUCGAAGGCAACAACGGGGAAGCCGACAUGGACAACAACGACGCCGCGAACAGAGUGGCCCAGCUUCUCAACCUGGACGAGAAGAAAUUUGUCUGGGCGCUGGUCAAUUACUGCGUGAUUGUCAAAGGCAGCGUUGUCCGCAAAAAGCACAGCUGCGAGGAAGCGAAAGAGGCGCGGGACGUACUCGCAAACACCAUCUACCAACGGCUGGUCGACUGGAUAGUGAACACUAUCAAUCAUAAAUUUACGGUUACGCGCACGUUAUUCGGCGACAAGUACGCCAUCAGCGUGAUGGAUCUCUUCGGAUUCGAGUGCUUCGCGGUGAAUCGACUCGAGCAGUUGAUAGUGAACACCAUGAACGAACAGAUGCAAUGCUAUUACAACCAAAGGAUAUUCGCCUGGGAGAUGCAAGAACAAGAAGAAGAGGACAUACCCGUGCAACGUUUACACUUCUACGACAACAAAGACGCGAUAGAUCAGCUGCUAAGCAAAGACAGGGGUCUGUUCAGUAUAAUCGACGACGCGUCCAAGCACCAGAUGGAUUAUCAGUACAUCUUGACCAAGAUCGGGCAAUCGAACAACCUCUACGUGAAAGCUGCGAGCUCGCACGAAUUCACCGUCGCCCAUUACACUGGGAAGCUGAUAUACGACUCCAGCGAGAUCGCCGAAAAGAAUCGAGAUUUCGUCCCACCGGAAAUGGUCGAAACGUUCAGGCUAUCGGGCCUCUUAACCGUGAAGGAGAUGUUCACCAACAAGCUGACGAAAUCUGGGAACCUGACCAUCGUCGUGGAGCAUACGAAAGUCGCGGAGAAAAAGACGAGCAAAGGAAAAUGGGGCGCGCUGAUGCAGGAGACGAACAAACCUAGGAAGUUUAACACCGCAUCCCGAGGGCAAUACUCCCAGUCGCGGAAAAUGAGAACGUGCACGGCUACCUUCAAAUCCACCAGCCUCGAAAUCCUUAAGAAUCUCUCGUCAGGAGGCGGAAGUGGUGGGAUCCAUUUCGUGAGGUGUUUAAGAUCGGACCUCGAAGGGGCGCCGCGUGGCUUCUAUCGGGAGGUCGUGAGACAGCAGAUCAGAGCGUUGGCUAUUCUGGACACUGCCAAAGCCAGGCAACGCGGUUACCCGUGUAGAAUAUCGUUUCAAGAAUUUCUGCGAAGGUACCAGUUCCUGGCGUUCGAUUUCGACGAGAACGUCGAGAUCACCAAAGACAACUGCCGGCUGUUGUUGAUCAGAUUGAAAAUGGAGGGUUGGAUGAUCGGGAAGACCAAGGUCUUUCUCAAGUAUUACAACGAGGAAUACUUGUCGCGAUUGUACGAGACCCAGGUGAAAAAGAUCGUGAAGGUUCAAUGUAUGAUGAGAGCGUUCCUGGCGCGCAAAAACAUGGCGACGAAGAUCACGACUACCGUGAAGAAAGAUGUCGUGAAGAAAGCGUCUAUAAAGAAGAAGGAGACGGUGGAUCUGUCGGAGGACGAAGCAGCUGUAAUGAUACAGAAAGCGUACAGAGGGCACACAGUGAGGAAGGAGAUGGGGCCUCGAAUGGGGAAGAUGCAGAUGGAUCAGGAGACGAUGGACAUGAUGAAAUUUUACAGCAGCAAAUGGAGGUCGAAGAGCAUGUUCCAAGUCCUCCUACGUUACCGUGCAGCCCGUUAUCAAGACCUCGUGCAAUUCUCGCAACAAGUACAUCUGUUCAAUCAUGCGAUAGUAGCCAGUUUGGAUGCGACGAGUGAGCAGAUCUCCAUAGACAAGGUCAACUCAAACGUAUCACAGCUUACGUUCUUAGGCCACACGAAACCACCCGAAGUGCACAAGUUACCGUUCAACUUUAACUGCGACUUACCAUUUCCAAACACGAAGAGCUCUGGGGGAAUGAAAGCUCUUGGAUCCGCGUCGUCAUUGGCGUCUGACGACGAGCACGAAGCCUGGGACGCGCCAUUACGGAGACAAACGGUGCCUUGGGCCAACAGGAACACUCGUACCAGAGACGUCGAGGUUCAAACGACGAACUCGCCACAUCGAGUGGCUUCAGACACCGAGGGAAAGAGUCUGAUCGACACUCCGUUUUCCAGAGACCCGAAUAUCUCGGUCCGAUGUCCACCAAAAGAAGGGUCCCGAAGCAGAAUGGAUAACACCGGGUAUCAACAUCAUUCGAGCAACCGUAGUCCUGUACCAUCUGCUAACGCUCAUAAUCCUCGCUCAAAUGAUUACGAUAGCACCGGGUCGAUACGCUCUAGAAAACACGCACCGCCCCCACCCAUUCCGCCAUUCAAUCAGACACAACCACCCCCGAUGCGUAGCACCGACAACUAUGGCUCGGACACUCGAAGUAAAAGCAACGUGAACACCGGUAGCAACGAUUGGGAGUUCGAGGACAGAGUUAAUAGGAACUCAGGCAACGUUAAUCGUAUCAACCCGAUUCAGGAAAUGCAGAUGAUAGGCCGAAGAAAUAACGAGGGUCACGAAGACGACGAUCCACCUUUCAACUUUCAGGCGAUGCUGAGAAAGACUGGCCAUCAACGGGCAUCAAUGAAGCGCACUCCUGUCUACGACAGCUAUUCUCCGUCACCACUGCCAGGUUCGGGAUAUCGCGGUAACCGCGAGAACGAAUCGAACGUCGUGUACAGAAGCGGAGGAAGUCGCCGAGAUUCCCCCGAGUGGAGUCCCAAUGAAAUGGUGAGAAUGUCCGAGAAGUACGGAAAAGAGGGUGCCUGGGGUGAGGACCGGGCCAGCGGCGGGGGACGAACAAACGUCUCGGAGAGUGUCACCACCGCGGAGAUUGCGCCAGGAAUCGUUAUCGAGGGUUACGUGGCCGAGUUGUAAAAAUUCGAGUCCCGACAACCGAAAAACUUCUUGCGUAUCGAGCCAGGACAAAAACUGGACCGGUUGGAAUUGCAAAUUCCGCGCGAGGAAGAGAGAGAGAGAGAGAGAGAGAGAGAGAGAGAGAGAGAGAGAGAGAAACUGACGAGAAGUCCGAAAGAUACCUGUAGCUGUCCCGACGGAAACAAAUGCACGACUCGAACGAUUCGAACGAACGUUACCCAAUCCACCAACGUUGCUGACUCGGAGAGAAUUUCUUUUUAUCCACAAAAUAUGUACAUACGUAUAUUUUUUAUUGCUUUUAUUUUAUCCCUUUUUUAAUGAAAAAGAAAAAAAAAGAAAUGAAAUAGAAGCAAACUCUACCGCCGCAAUGCUUUCAUCGAUAAAACUUCUUUUGUAAUUUUCAUCCGUGCUUCGAGCGACCGUGAAACCGGCACUUUUUUUUGUCCGACAUAAGAUUUUUCGUAAAGCGAUACGCGAAUUUUCUCAACGCGCCAAAGCUUCUCCGACAGUUAGCAAUGCUCCUUACCGACGAGAAUAUUUGGUCACGUUUUUUUCUACAUUGGCUACGGGAUACUGAUCAAAACACACAUAAUAUACACGAAUGGCGCAAAACGUGUAAAGUAAUGCGACAAUAACUACGAACCUUUGUUCCCCCUCGAUUAAAAUUGCCAUAACACACGAACCGUUAUUAAACGUCCGUCUUUCAUCUCAAAACGAUGCUUUCGCACCCACACUCAUCGCACGCAACAGUAUCGAAAGAAUCGAACGAUUAUCAAACCGACUACGUGAAAUUCAUGAAAAAAAGUGCACUCUGCACGAUCGGUUCUAUCGAAAAGCACGAAGCUCCCGUCACUUUUACGAAAUGGAUAUUUAUAAAAAUUUCAAUCGACUGAUGCACGAUAUUGUCAAGGACAUUUUAAAGAAUAAAGAAUUUUAAAAGGUC